GGAAGACUUCCGUGUGUCUGACAAGAGUACUGAAGACCGAUGGACUCUACAGAAGAUAUUGAAUCUAUUAAGCCCCUGCUUCAAUACAAGUACGGAUGCCUAGUCUCAAAGGUAUGAUUUGUGGGUAAUGUCUAUGAAUAAUGAAACUCUCAAGGGUUUUCUACAUAUGAAUGGUGGUGCAAUUAAAAUUCCUGUCUUUUCUGAACAUAUUUGCUUCCCCUUUUGGAACUUGGCCUAGUUUUGAUGUUUCUUUUUGUGGUAACAUAAAGUGAAGGCACUUCCAGACUCUUACUAAUUUGGGGUGGGAUUCACAUAAAAUACCAGCAAAUGCAGGUUACACAAUUACACCUGAUUCAUUGGGAAGUUUUGCACAACAAUCCUGCUCCCCCCAAAGGAUGGAUUUGUUGCAAUAAGUAAAGUCAUAGGAAAAUGUGAUAGGAAAGGGUGAGAUAACAUUUUCUUUGACAUAGUGCUAUCUAAUCUCUCUGAAAACAAUAGGAAUGAAUGUUCAAUGAACAUGUCAUCUGGAAGCACCCUGAGAAAACGUUAAUGUGGGUACAACACGUUCAUUAUAGCAAAAUUUAAUACAUUUUAAAAAAUGUUUCAUUAAAUGUGCAUUCCAACUAGGUCAUACUAACUGAGGGCAUGUUUGAAAAGACUGUUUUUCCAUGGGCAUAGUUAUGUUGGGGGGGCAGGCUUUAUGUUAGUGGGGGGCAGAACUUCAGUUAGAUAAUUUUAUUUUACUUGAUUUAGGGAAGGGGCAACUGCCUGGUCAACUCCAUUCCACAUUUCACUAUUUUAAUUUCUGCAAUGCCAUUUAAUCACAGUUUAAAGGAUGCAAUGCUAACAAUCUGCUUCCAAUAUAUGAAGCACUGAAGCAAUCAAGAUCUGUUUUCCUGCUCUUAUUGCAUGAUUUGUACACGGGAAAUAGAAAUAGGGAAGAAAUACCAGAUUCUCCAUUUAUUCUGUUGGAACGCGUGAGACUUGGAUAGGCUAGACAAAACACAUUGCAGCCGAUGACUGUCACAAAUGCCUAGCUUCACCCAAACAUAUUGCGCCACUCUGAAUAAAAAAUACAAGGAACUCGUCUGUUUUCUCGUUACUUUUGCCCUAGAGAACUUCGUACAGAAUGGCUUUACGUUUUCAGUGUCAAAACUAGGCCAGAUUCCAAAAUGGGAAGCAAACAUGUUCAGAACAGACAGGUACAUUUUAAUUGCACAAUGUCAAUAGUCAGGUCUCAGGCUUUUGUGUUCAGGCAUAAACUAACACGGCAAUCCCCUAUUGCCAGAGGUUCGCAAACUGUGAUCUGCAGACCACAAGCAGCCUGUGAGCUUCAGUCAGGUGAUCUGCAAUUACUACAUUCAUUUUUUAAAAGUUCUUUGGUUCCACUUUUCCUUGUACAUUCAAGGUAACUAACAACAGAUGUAAUACAAUGCAGCAGAAACCAGUAAGCUCUAUAUUUUGACUCUGUGUGCUCCAAAUGAGGUUGCCCAACUGUGCAUGUGCAGUGCAGACUGAAACGUACACACCGCCGCUUAACUGUGUAUUUCGGUUUUAAACCAGAUGCAAGCUGGUUUGAAAGGAAAUGCAUCAAACAACAGUGUUUCUCAAAAAGCUACAAGAUACAGAUGGAUUGUGGUUCAUGUCAUGUGUACUUGACUUUAAACACCAGAGGUGGAAGCGUGCUGGAGCCAGCGUAAAUGGUAAUGUGUACACAGCCUUUGUGUCUCAAAAACAUCUUCUCUCAACAUCCUUUCUUACUUCAUAAUUGUGUAUCAGGGAUGGGGAGCCCAUGAUCCUCUAGAUAUUGGACUACAUACAGACUGUGGCUGAUGGGGAACACAACAGCUUCCAGAAGUCCAUGGGUUAACCACCACUAUGUAGAUGGCCACAGGUUCUCUAUCCUUGCUGUGGAUGACCUGGAUUCACUUUUGUAAUCCCCACCCCCAUUUAUUUCCAGAUUAUGUUUACUGCUGCUGAGUUGGGAGUAUUUGACCUGCUUUUGGAAUCAGGCAAACUCCUGCCUUCAACAACUAUUACUGAACGUCUGGGCACCAGCUUCACUGGGAUGGAGAGGCUGUUGGAUACCUGUGUGGCCUUAAAGCUCCUGCGAGUGGAGAGGACGGGCAGCCAAGGUAACCACAUUGGAAGGAAGAAGCAACUCAAGUUGUUUCAAAAUUCUGACACGUGUAGCUGAAGAUGACUGUUUUCAGCCAUCUUAUCUGCUAAAGUGUGCAAUGGUGCCAUCAGGACGCAACUUCAGGACAGAUGCCCAAAUGGAGCAGGUCUACCAUAACUGGAAGCAGAUGAAGUCAUGAACAUUGCCAUCUAAAUAAGGGAGACACCUAAGAACCUAGAGGCGCAGGAAGCUAACAUUGGUCUAUCUAGCUCAGUAUUGUCUCCACUCUGACUGGGAGUAGCUCUUCAGGGUUUCAGAUGGGGUCUUUCCCAGGAGGGCUUGUGAAAGGGGUGCACAUGCCAGCAGGGGCCCCCAGACUUUUUUUAAAAGGAAAACCGGACGUUUCUGAAGAAAGUUAGAGCACAAAAUGCAGAGGUAGCUCUAAUGCUUCAGCACUUGGCAGGCAGCACCAUUGCUGAGGAUGCUUGAUUACUUAAUCACUGUUAUUAUCAGAGGCAGGAAUGUUGAGCACCCCCACCUGGGACUCUCCUAGAGUAGCAGUAGCAGAAGCCAGAGGAGGAUGUAGGAACAGGAGGAUGUUUGUUAAAGCUCUGCCUGGAAGCACCUUAAAACACAAAGCACUCUCUGGCUAAAAUCUAAGUUGAAUUGUCUUAAAUAAUAAGCUUUUGAGCUCACCCAUUAGGAAAUGAAAUGGAAAGGAAUGUCAUCACAAUUAUAGCUAAUGAACUUGAUGCUUUGCUCAUUUCUGAAGAAUUACUAGUUUGUGUAGGAAAGGGAUGUUCACUUGGCUUCAUCUUACUACUUUCAGGGCUUUAGAUAAUUUAUUUGUGAGUUGUUGCUUCAGACAUUUUGUUCACACAGUUGCAGUUAGGGAGAAAAACUUGCCUUCUACAAAGGUGUGAAAACAUUGAUUUCUUUUUUCCCGUCUAUCAGCUCUUUAUGGAAGCACAGAUUUUUCCAAUCUCUACCUUGCUGAAUCGAGCCCAAAGUCUCAGUAUCAUCAUAUGAUGUUCUUCUCUGAAAUCACAUUUCCGCAUUUGAACUACUUGACAGAUGCAGUAAGGUAAGAGGAUGGGUGUGGGUGUCUAGCUCUGUGUACUCAUGUAGAAAAUGGCUCUGUGCAAUGAAAUGCUGAACUGCCUUUGGAAGAUGAUUGCCAUGAGGGAAGUCAAGAUGCCAACUGUUGAAAGUGAUAAAGCUAAGACUGUGUAGACAUUUUUAGCUUAGAAUGCAUCUAAGUUGUUCUUUUUCUCAAUUCAGAUAAAAGCUGGUUUGGGAAAGAACCCUGUGAUUUUUACAGCUACAGCUUAAAAGUGUUACUCAGACUCUGGUCUCUGGCUGUUUCUGGACUCCAACUCCCAUCUUUCCUUGCUAGCAAGACCAGUGGUCCAGGAUGAUGGGAACUAUAGUCCCAAAACAACUGGCAACCCAAGUCUGGGAAACACUGGUUUAAAACAAUACAUGUAAUGUAUUCUGUUUUCAGGUGGUGGUGGGGAACAUCUGGAAUUUUCUUUGGUCAUCAUGCUACCUAAUUUUCACUCAAUUACAACAAAUGUUCUGUUUCAGGCAAGGAAAAAGCCCAGUUGGGAAAAUACAUGGCGAUUCAUCUAGCAAUUUAUUUGAUGUCCUUUUUAGGUAAAAGCAGGUUGUUUUUUUAGAGGCGGGAGUUCUUACCUUUGAGGGAAUGGGUGUUUGUGUGGACAGGUGGAGUCCCCCCACCCCAGGCAACCCCCGAGUGGAAUAAUGACUCAAGACAACGUGCUAUGGGAUUUAAACUGGCCACAACUUUAUUAAGUUUCAGAUGUAGGGAGACCUUGGCUCAGGCAUUGGGCGUUUAUCCUUCCCCGUCCCCAGCCAAGGAUCUGGGAGACAUCAGGGUUAUCUAGAGUGCGUGGGGAUUGGGCUGGCUCUGGAGAACAUAUGUUCAAGCAGAGAGUCCGCCCCCCAUUUCGCCGCCGUUGGAGGGGAGAACAAUGACAACCUCUCGGCGUAUGGCCAAUGCCUCCCCUCAACGGGGAACCAUGGGAUCACCGCCGCAAGGGGGGUGUGGGUCACCGGUUCAUGCUCCCCCCAUUUAGGAAGAUAGACUAAAGGAUUCCGCCCAAGGCCUGAAACCACCAAAGUUGUGAUGUUUUGCUACGGGAAAGGCAAAACCUGCCAGUGCAGGAAAAUUCCUUUCUGGCCCUGACGUAGCAGCGCCUGCACACCUGUGGAGAAGAGGUUAACCUGCAAAAGAAGACUUGACUGAGGGAGGGGAGGGUGGGAGAAGCUCUGGAGCCGACUGCCGCUUCACAGGUAAGAUUCACCUUCUGUUGUGUGGGCAGGACGGUCCCUCCCCUUACCUGGCUGAUCCCCUGGCAACGCCUCCCCAGGCGGGAUUGGACAAUUGGCUGAGGUAGGCGGAGACCUCCAGGUAUCCAGCCUGGGGAGGAUGAAGCCAGCCUGAAAUACCAGGAGCCGCACUGGGACCUGGGGGGCUGCGCAUGACCACGCAAAAGGUGGCCAUUUGAUGUGGGGAGCGGUCAUUCUUGUCAGACUGAACAAUUGUGCAAUUGUAGGAAACAUCUCUGGGAAUGUGCAUACAAUCCAGACGUCCCCCAUUUCCCCCCUUUCUAGCAUUUCUAGUAUUUCUCCAGCAAUGCUGGGAACAAUGUUUUCAGUGGCCUUUGCCUGGGAUUUGCACAUCCUGGGCCAGUUCUGGUUGGAUUUCAAUCACAACUGGUUAGAGCACUUCAGUCACCCAGACACCAUGGGACCGGAUGCCAUGGGGCUCUUUCCUAUUUAUUUGACCUAUUUAUUGAGCACUUCGGUUGUUAGGAGCAUUUCUGUUUGUCUGGUUGUGGGGAGAUUACCGUAUUUUUUGCUCUAUAAGACUCACUUUUUCCCUCCUAAAAAGUAAGGAGAAAUGUGUGUGCGUCUUAUGGAGCGAAUGCAGGCUGCGCAGCUAUAACAGAAGCCAGAACAGCAAGAGGGAUCGCUGCUUUUGCUGCGCAGCAAUCCCUCUUGCUGUUCUGGCUUCCGAGAUUCAGAAUGUUUUUUUUCUUGUUUUCCUCCUCCAAAAACUAGGUGCGUUUUAUGGAGCAAAAAACACAGUAUUUGACAAUGAACAUUCUUCCUGCAUCCUUCCUGAUUUUCUUGCAGGCUGUUCAUACAUCCUUCCAGAUAAUCAGGUUAUUCCUUCCACACAUUUCAGUUUAUUUCCCCAUCAUUUUCCAAACUGCAGCAAAAAAUCAGUUUCUUUUUUAAAGUGGGUCUGUUGCACUGGAGCAUUUUAUUUCGUUUUAAUUCCUUAAAACUGAAUUUCCCACUAUGCUCUUCAGUCCCUCCUGUAAAACAAUGACAGUCUAGAGGUGGCAAUAAGUCAUAUAUAGCUUCAGGCCUAGAAUUUCCUGAAAUCAUUCCUUCCAGCACAGCAGUUGACAGAGCAACUGGGGCUUCAUGGUGUUUGCCCAGAGCGUGAUUGUGUGAUUGAGAGUCAAGCCCUAAGUUACAAAUCAGGCUGCAUGUGGGUAUUGUUUCCACUUACCUGCCAAAGUCAUUUUGAAUCUACAGGUCAGAGGGCGAGAUGAAAAGGUUCUCUCACAGCAUGAAUUCCAAUUGGCAUCUGUGGGGCAGAGAUGUGAUGGCUGCCUUCGAUCUUUCUCACUUCCCACUCAUUUGCGAUUUGGGAGGUGAGUUCCAGAGAGGAGCAAGCUGAAAAGGCCUCAGCUGUCUUUCUUUUUCUGCCUGUCAACAUCAUGUGGGUGUCUCGUGUGUGCCCUAUUCUGGUACAGUUUAGUCAUUAACAGCAAAAAGAUUCAAAACAAGACCACAAAAAUUCCAAAGAUGGGUGAUAACAAGAAGGAACAUAUUGUUUCUACUUUCCUUUUGAAAACAUCCUUCAGUACUAUUAUUCUAUUUGCCUCCCAGCUGUUUUCCUCUAUUAGUUUUCAUAUGUCAGGACAUGUUGAGUAAUUUUUUUGGUCAAGUUCAUCCUCUUGUCCUGCAGUGUUCUUCUCCUUGACCUGUCUCUAUCUGUUUUGAAUCUGUUCAUUCUAACCUAGUAUUUCGCAAACUUGGGUCCCCAGCUGUUUUUGGACUACAACUCCCAUCACCCCUAGCUAGCAAGACCAGUGGUCAGGGAUGAUGGAAAUUGUAGUCCAAAAACAGCUGGAGACCAAAGUUUGGGAAACACUGGCUCUGUCUCCUCCCCAAACUUGACAUCGAGGGUUAUCCUUGCUAAUCAUUUCUGCCUAUCCUUAUUCUACCUGCAGUCUUUCCCCCCGCCCUCCUUGUACGCAAUGAAUUGUGGUUGCUUUCCAAUGCAAUAUCCUAAUCUUGUAGUUUAAUUUUGAAAUGUUCUAUUCUAUGCUACUCCAAGAUAUUGUGUUACGGUGGUGGGGGGGGGAGGAUAUGGAUGCCAUAAAUAAAUAAUAAAGUAUUCCUCCAAUGUAUUGUGUUCACAUAUUUUGAUCUGCUUAUAUCCUGAAUAAUCUGUGCCACAAGUUCAAUCCUGUCAAAUCCCUGAAGCUACUCAGGGUGGUGACGUGUGUCCCUGCCCAUGAAACGGUUGGAGAGGCACUUACCUGAGGUGGUGUCCUGAUAUUUUGCACAGGAGUGUUUGAAAGAAGCUUUGAGAAGUUUUCAUUUUUGUUUUUCCUUGUUCUCCCUUGAAGGAAGUGGCUGCGGCUUGGCUAAAGAAUGCAUUGCAUUGUAUCCAAACUCUACGGUGACCAUUUUCGACUUACCCAAUGUAGUGGAAAUGGCAAAGAAGCAUUUCGUAUCCCCAGAAGAACACCGGAUUACUUUCCAUGAGGGUAACUGUGCUUGGUUCUGAUGUGUCAUUACCAGGGAUACCAUGUCCUAGGGGCUGAGUCCUCCCCCCCCCCCAUAUUUUUGGGGAGGAGGGUGGGAUUCUCCCAUGCUCAAAGGAGGAGGAGGAAGGAAAGAAGAAGAGUUUGGAUUUGAUAUCCCGCUUUAUCACUACCCAAAGGAGUCUCAAGGCAGCUAACAUUCUCCUUUCCCUUCCUCCCCCACAACAAACACUCUGUGGGGUGCGUGGGGCUGAGAGACUUCAGAGAAGUGUGACUAGCCCAAGGUCACCCAGCAGCUGCAUGUGGCGGAGCAGAGAAGCGAACCCGGUUCACCAGAUUACGACUCUACCACUCUUAACCACUACACCACACUGGCUAAGGGAGAGGAGGAGGUGGAGACGGAGGAGGCUAAGCACGGCACAGCUUCAGUGACUAAUUCCUUCUCCUCCUCUACCUGUUGCAGAGAGGAAGGAGCAGCGAACCAGUCGUGCUGGUAGGAAGAGGGGGAGGAUCCCUCCCCAGACAUUGAAGCUGCACUGCCACCAUGUUUGGCUCCUCCCUGGCUCCUCCCAAUUUCUUGACAUCACACGUGCGACAUUGGGGCAUUGCCCCCUCCAUUCUUGCUCACAUAGGUACCAACGCCCUGGGACCUUGGGUGCCCAAGCACCCACAAAAUUACCCAUGAAGGGGCUGGGCACCCACAAAUUUCAGUGCCAGGGCCAAGCUGGUACUCCUGUUCCCUCAAAAGUUGGCUCCUCAGAUCAUUAGAUCAUCUUGGAAAGGAAAGGAGGUAUGGUUAGACAUAAAACAUCCCAUAUUCACCUACUAGAGAGUAAAAUGGAUUCAGAACAAAAUCCAAGUGUGGUUGUGCUUUGAGCGGUGAAUUCUGCUUCAUAAUUCUGCUUAUUCCUUUGUGUUAGAUAAUAGUCAUAUCCAUGCCUUACAUUUAAAUCUCUCUUUACCACUCUAACAGUCAAAGAGUCCUGGGAGCUUAGUUUGUUCAGGCUGCUGACCUUACAUAACUACAGUUCCCAGCACUCUUAGCAAACUGUGGCGUCCAGAACUCUUUGAGGGGAAGAAUGUCCUUUGAACGUGCCUUGAAGUUAUGGUGUGUAAAAAGCCUUAGAAAUCAAGAAUGACAUAUUCUGCUGGCACCAGCUUUAUAAUCAGGGUAUUUUUGAAGGGUAGAGCUCAACUAUUUAAUUGAACCCCUUGCUUUAAUUUACCAUCUACCCAUUUUAUUACAGGGGAUUUUUUUAAAGACCCAAUUCCAGAAGCUGACCUCUAUAUUUUGGCUAGGAUCCUGCAUGACUGGGACGACGAGAAGUGUGUGCAGCUGCUAACCAGACUCCACAAGGCCUGCAAGCCUGGUACGUGCGCUUAUAAGGCAGGACUGGCCAAAACUGGAGCUGUGGUGGGCAAUAAGUGCAUACCCUCCAACAUUUCUCUGAUGAAAAUUGGGACGUCCCAUUCCAUAACGAUAAUUUUACUAUUUAUACCCCGCACAUCUUACUGGGUUGCCCAAGCCACUCUGAGCAGCUUUGAAUAUAUAUAAUAACAUAAUAAAACAUUAAACAUAAAAACCCCUUCUCUAUACAGGAUUGCCUUCUGAUGGCUAUGGGUUGGAUAACUCCAUACCCGCCAACAUUUCUCCAAUGAAAAUAGGGACGUCCUAAGGAAAAGUGGGACAUUCUGGGAUCAAAUCAGAAACCAGGACAGCUUCUCUAAAUCAGGGGCGUCCCUGGAAAAUAGGGGCACUUGGAGGGUCUGUAAGUGAGCCAGAGCUCACUGUAUGCAUUGCCUACAGAGAGGUUUUAAAACAAGUCUUGAAUUGGGUCAAGAUUGAGGUUUCAUUUGUAGGUGCUUUGAGUGUCCUGGAUGAACAGAAAAAGUAAAAGUGGGACUGAAAUGUUUUCAAAAAUAUAUAGAGAGUUUGGCCCAAAGUUGGGAAACAUGUAUGUGCACAGUCAUGGCUUGGGCCUUGGAACAGAUAGCCCAGUUCAAGUCCUAGUUAUUCUGAGCAGUCCAGAGACCAGAGGCCUCAAUCAUUAACUCAUCUGUUGACACAUUGGCACCUACAGUGAGAUCUCAAUGCUUCUGAUUAUUUUCUGGUGCUUGACGCUCCAUCCCGCUACCAGUCUGCCACUAUAGUCCAUUGGCUCCUCCUGCCCAGGAUAAGAAAAUACCAGUAAGAUCUGGGACUUGUAGUUGUUGUUGAUGAUGAUUUUAUUAUUUAUACCCCGCCCAUCUGGCUAGGUUUCCCCAGCCACUCUGGAGAGAGUGUAUAUAUGCUAGGGAGGCAUCAUGUCUCCCUCUGUAGCUCGUACUACAAAUCUUAGCAUUUGCUGCAUAAGUGCAUUCUUUCUCUUAUAAAAGAGCACCUCCAUCACAAUCUGACUAGAAUGUCACUUCUGUAUCAGGGAAUUAAGUUUGUGCUGUUAAGGUUCUGUUGUUGUCGGUUUUUCUCACGGUAACAAGGUUCCUGUUUCAUUUGUGCCACCCCUGCCCAUGUGUGUUCCUAAGCUAGGAACUCAAGGUGAAUAGUUGUAGCAACUUGCAUUAUCAAAAUUCAGUGACUAUAGAAAAUGCUGCACCUAUGCUGAGCACAUUUCAGGCAGGCUACUGGAGCGAAAGUGGUGGGGAAAAGAACAUUCUAUGAAUUAUAAUUCACAGCCUGCUUUGGUUGCCACAUAGAUCUUCCAUUUUUAUACAGUAGGGCCACUCAGGUUAAACUGCUUUUCGUUUGACUUGAGCUUCUGAUCCCAGGAUGCUUGGAAAGAUGAAGCUGAGCUCUUUGAACAUGCUGUCUCAAAAGAAGUAAUGGUCUAUCUUUCGUUUCCCUAACUUAAUGAAAUAUACUUUGAAACAGGUGGUGGAGUGUUAGUGGUAGAAAUAGUUCUCAACGAGGACAGAAGUGGGCCAUUGGAAGCACACCUCCAAUCCAUGAUGAUGUUGCUUCAUACCGAAGGAAAAGAGCGAACCCCUUCAGAGUACAAUGCGCUCUUCAGUGCUGCUGGCUUCAAGGAGUUUCAGCUAAAGAAAUGCCAACUCUAUGAUGCCAUUUUAGGAAGAAAAUAA